GUUUAUUAUACCUCAGUGGUUGAUAGAUUUGAUUGGAUAGAUCCGUCGCUGCUUGUAUGUCCCAACAUGACUGCGUGAGUGCUCCAUUCAGUUAUGAGAACCACCCGGAAGCACCGAUCUUCUCCGGGCACCAAGCUGCUACUGGGACGCUGCUACCGGCUCCGGAUGUCCCGAGUUCGGGUGCUUCUCGUAUGCCUAUGUGGGAUGCUGGCUAUAGCUCUGACACUUGGAUUUUCUUUCUCGAGUAAUGAUACAAGCGAUGAUGAUGACAGUAUUCAUAUGGACGAUAACACACAAUUUCGUGUGCCAGACUUAAUAAGGGACAAGUUGACCCAUAACCCCCGUCGGGCCACUGUGGCCCAGAUCAAGCGUCUGGUGGGCCAGGUGAAUUCAGGUAGACUGUGGUACUCUCUCCUGAGGCCCAUCCUGGUAGAGAGACUGCCAGGUACCAGGGGCAGCCGUAGGGUGCGUGAGCAUAUCUACAGCCAUCUAGAGUUCCUGUCAGCGGGUUGGUCAUUGGAGGUCGACUCCUUCAACUCUGCUACCCCAAAGGGAAUUAUCACCUUCUCCAACCUGCUGGCAGUCCUGGACCCCUCGGCCCCACGCCGUCUGCUGCUGGCCUGCCACUACGACUCCAAGGCUAUGCUCCCAGCUUCCAAAACCCCCGACGGGCCUCUCAGGAGGUUCCUAGGGGCCAGCGACGCGGCCGUCCCCUGUGCCAUGAUACUGGAGCUGGUGACUGCUCUGGACUUCCACCUGAAAGUGCUAAAACAACAGAAGUCACAGGUGACUUUGCAGUUGGUCUUCUUUGAUGGUAAUGAGGCGUUUGAUCAGCCGAGCCCCUCCGACUCUCUGUACGGCUCACGUUACCUUGCUGACCAAAUGUCCCGUACACCUCACCCUCCAGGAGCCGAACAUACCACCCUGUUACAUGCUUUGGACCUGUUUGUUCUUUUGGAUCUGAUUGGUGCCCCUGACCCUAUGUUUGUCAACCACUUUGACGACACUGUACGCUGGUUUGAUGAGCUGAUAUAUGCAGAGAGGAGGCUCCAUAAGCUGGGUCUGCUGUCCUCCCACCCCAGAGAGGUGAGCUACUUCAGGAAGGACAUAAACCUGGGCCCUGUAGAGGACGACCAUGUGCCAUUCCUCCAGCAGGGGGUUCCAGUCCUACACAUGAUCACAACGCCCUUCCCUUCCUUUAUGCACACUCUGGAGGACACAGCGGAACACAUCCAUUCUCAGACUAUAGAGAACCUCACCAAGGUGCUAGUAGUGUUCCUUGCUGAAUACAUAGGACUCUGACUGACGUUUCCUCCCUUUACUGUUGCUCAUAGACAUGUAUCCUUUAGACUUUAUGCCACAAUCACCCAGAUGCAUUUUAUAAUACCAGCCACUCUCCCACAUAAUCAAUUUACAAUCAUCAAAGUCCUAUCAUACCAUGCCUUUUUCUACAUCACCUAUAUCCCUCGUUCUAGAAUCUAUACCCUAGUAGUCUUGUUGUUGUUGUUUUCUAUCCAUUCUGGAGCCAUACUAGAAAACGGUUGAAAUUAGGAUUGUGAUUAUAGAGGCCUUUUAUAAACCCUGUCCCUCACAUUCCCAUAAUCCAUGUGGAACUCAGACUUAUGCAAAAACAGAAUGAUAAACUUGAUUAGGUGACUUUUCUCAAUACGUUCAGUAAAUGAGGUUGUGAACACUAGAGUAUAUAGUGUUUCCCAAUGAGGGAAGUUCAAGCUAGAUCAUGUGGAUAAAAAAAGAUUAAAAUACUAAAUAAAGAGGUGAUAUACAGACAUUACUGUACAUAUUUGUUCCCCAAAAAUCACUUAUAUGUUUAGGACAGACAGUCCAGUAAUAAUAUAGCAAUAAAUAUGUGCUUUGGGAAGUGCUAGAUUAUAUGGGAUAUAAUUGUGUAUUAACAGUGCCUUCAGAAAGUAUUCACACCCCUAGACUUUUUUCACAUUUUGUUGUGUUACAGCCUGAAUUUAAAAUUGAUUAAAUUUAGAUUUUUUUUUGCCACUAGCCUACCUACAAUACUCCAUAAUGUCAAAGUGGAAUUAUAUUUUUGAAAAUGUUGCAAAAUUAAUUACAAAUGAAAAGCUGAAAUAUCUUGAGUCAAUAAGUAUUCAACCCUUUUGUUAUGGCAAGCAUAAAUAAGUCUCAUGGACACACUGUGUGCAAUAAUAGUGUUUUACAUGAUUUUUGAAUGACUACCUCAUCUCUGUGUCCCACACAUACAAUUAUCUGUAAGGUCCCUCAGUCAAGCAGUGAAUUUCAAACACAGAUUCAACCACAAAGACAGGAGUUUUUCCAAUGCCUCACAAAGAAGGGCACCUAUUGAUAGAAGGGAAAAAUAAAAUUAAAAAAAUACAUUGAAUAUCCCUUUGAGCAUGGUAAAGUUAUUAAUUACACUUUGGGUGGUGUAUCAAUACACCCAGUCACUAUAAAGAUACGAGCUUCCUUCUUAACUCAGUUGCCAGAGAGGAAGGAAGCCGCUCAGGGAUUUCAACAUAAGACCAAUGGUGACUUUAAAACAGUUACAGAGUUUUUUUGGGCUGUGAUAGGAUAAAACUGAGGAUGGAUGGAUCAACAACGCUGUAGUUACUCCACAAUACUAACCUAAUUGACAGAGUGAAAGGAAGCCUGUACAGAAUAAAAAAUAUUCCAAAACAUGCAUUCUGUUUGCAACGAGGCGCUAAAGUAAUAAUGCAAUGAAAUGUGGCAAAGCAAUUAACUCUUUGUACUGAAUACAAAGUGUUAUGUUUGGGGCAAAUCCAAUACAACACAUUACUGAGUACCACUCUCCAUAUUUUCAAGCAUAGUGGUGGCUGCAUCAUGUUAUGGGUAUGCAUGUAAUUGUUAAGGACAGGGGAGUUUUUCAGGAUAAUAAGAAACAGAAUGUAGCUAAGCACAGGCAAAUCCUAGAUGAAAACCUGGUUGUCUGCUUUCCACCAGACACUGGGAGAUUAAUUCACCUUUCAGCAGGACAAUAACCUAAAACACAAGGCCAAAUCUACACAGGAGUUGCUUACCAAGAUGACAGUGAAUGUUCCUGAGUGGCCGAGUUACAGUUUUGACUUAAAUUUACUUGGAAAUCUAUGGCAAGACUCGAAAUGGCUGUCUAGAGCUUGAAUAAGUUUUUAAAGAAUAAUGUGAAAAUAUUGUACAAUCCAUGAGUGCAAAGCUCUUCGAGACUUACCCAGAAAGACUCCCAGCUGUAAUCGCUGCUAAAGGUGCAAAGUAUUGACUCGGGUGUGAAUUCUUGUGUAAAUUAGAUAUUUCUGUAUUUCAUUUUCAAUACAUUUGCUAAAAUUUGUCAUUAUGGGGUAUUGUGUGUAGAUGGGUGAGAAAAUCCCUCUAUUUAAUCCAUAUUGAAUUCAGGCUGUAACACGACAAAAUAUGAAAUAAGUCAAGGGGUAUGAAUACUUUCUGAAGUAUUUUAUAGUAGCUUAUGCAAGUAAUGCGAAGUUAUGCUUCCUACAUAGACCCAACAGUUCCAACUCUGUUUGUAGAAAUACAUGUACUAUGUAUUAGGAUGAAGAUAAAGAUGAAUCAAAUGUAUUAGUAUGACUUUGUAUAUUGAGCAUUACAAUAUGUAGAGAUAUUUAUCUAGAAGUAAUACUAGGUUCAGUGCCAAUGUGUCACAUAGUAUUUGUAUACUGAAAGAGUCGAAUCCACCAGUUAUCUUGUCAAAAAGCGAUAAUAACUCAAUUGAAAAGUAUGAUUAUUGUUUACUGUAUGCAUCCACUAUUGUAGCACAACAAUGGCUUUCACAUGAUAAGUUGUCAGCCAGCAGAAUCUAAUAAUGCAUAAUAAGAAACUAUUUUAUGCGCAAUACUUGCUACAGUAAACUCAGUGACAACAUUAUUAUACUGAAUGAACCAGACUGUGUGAAUGGAUGCUGUAACUGUCACAGUGUUGUUACAUAGCCUGGCUGACAGUCUAUUUCUGCUAGCCAACAUGUCUUAUAAUUGUUUUGCCGAAAGAAACAAAACACUCAGAAUGGUUCAUGCACAACAGGCAUGCACCCGGGCUUCCAUUGGAGUCAUGCCAUCUCCUAUGUGAAAGAUUGAUUGAGGCUAUUUUGUACUUCAACCCUCAACCCAAUAUUGUAUUGCACUACUAUCUGCCAUCGCCUCAUACUUUAAUUAUGUUUGUAUUAUUAUUAAACUGUAUGAAAAAUGUAUAUGAAAUUAAGGAUUGCUUGCAUAGAAUUCCACACAGAAUGUUUUCCUAAAUAAAGAUUAUAAACUUG